AUGACUGAAUUAAGUGAAAAAGAAGCAACUUAUUUUUUGAAUAUAGCAUUAAGUGAAGCCGAAAAAAGUUUACAUAUAGAAUUAAAGGAAAUGCCUAUAUUUUGUUUAUUAAUAAAUGAGGAAAAGAAAAUUAUAUCAAGUUCAUAUAAUCAAACGAAUGAAUCAAAAAAUGGAUGUAGACAUUGUGAAUUGAUUGCAAUAGAUAAAUAUAUUUAUGAUGAAAAUUAUGAGCAGACGAAAAAUUUGAAUUUCAUUAAAUGCUUUAACAAUAAAGAUAAUCAUAUAGAGGAUUCUAUAUUCAAUUAUUUGAAUAAAUCAAAUAGAGAUAAAGAAAUAAAAGAUAUAAAAAUAAAUUGUAAAUAUGAAGAAAACAAUAGAAAAGAACAUGAAGAAAAAAAUAUUAAUGAAGUACAUAAUGAAAAUAACAAAAAUGAAAAAUAUAGUGAAAAUUAUGAAAUUACUUUAAAUAUUGAUAAAAAAAAAAAUGAUAUUAAAGAAAAACUAGAAAAUCUUAAAAAGUGCUGUAUUGUUGUAACAUGUGAACCAUGUAUUAUGUGUGUUUAUGCACUAAAAUUAAUAGGAAUAAAAAAUAUUUAUUUCUGCUGUUUAAACGAACGCUUUGGUGGAUGUGGUUCUGUACUUUCUUUACAUAAAAUGUAUAAAGAGCUUAAUGUGCAUUUUAUAAAAAAUGAAUGUACAGAAAAAAGUAUUAGUCUUAUGAAAUAUUUUUAUAAAGCUGGAAACCCAUUAGCACCAAAAGAAAAAAGAAGAAGAGCAUUAAUAUAA